AUGGCGGAAGCAAAUUUAGAUACAGACGAGCGUCCGGCCAAACGGUUGAGACCCAACUACUCUGACACCAUCACUGUGUACGUGGGCGAAGACGAGCAGAAGUUCUCUGUGCAUGAGGCACUUAUCUGCGCCAAGUCUCCUUUCUUCAAGGCGGCAUGUGGGUUGAACUGGCAAGAAGGUCAACAACGUGUCGUUCGCCUUUGCGGACGCCAAGCAGCGCCAUUCUUGAUAUACGUGUGCUGGGUCUAUACCGACAAGUUGGACAAAGUCCUUAUGCGAAAACGGGUCGACGCUAACAAGGUAUGCAAAACUGGGCCGCCUGCAGAGCAUCCAUGCAUUCUCGCCUAUGCUAAAACCUGGGUCCUGGCAAACUACUUGCAUGACAACGUGUUCGCAAACCUCAUCAUUGAUGGGUUGAGGGGAAAGUUUGAGGCACGUCCGGAAGCAAUGGUUGUGGUCAAUCCCACUCUGGACUAUAUCUGGGAGCACACUGUACCCGACUCCGGUCUACGACAACUGUGCAUUGACCACCUGAUGAGAACAGCACCGAAAAGUAUUAGUCCGCAACUGGGACGUUCUCCCUAG